CGGUCUCUUUUCUUCUUUCUUUUUUGUUUUUUGUUUUUCAAUUAUUAUGUCUAUUCUUGGUCUUCUUUUUGCAGCCUCUUUUACUGCUCUGGUACAAGCAGCAGGUCAAGAAGACGUGUUUGAAUGGCAACCCGAAAUCCAUCAUGUCUUUAGAGAAGCAGAAAAGAUGCCUCCUGCCACUUUCUCCAUGAUCUUUGCUCUUGUCACUUUAUCACCAUGGAUUUUCUUGCUUAUUGGCUGGUUGCGUCUUGGUUAUACACCCGCCAAUGUUAUUUCAGAACUCACUCAAGGAUCAAAAACUCGAUCCAUUUAUAUCGCUGCCUUUUUGGGUUCUUUAGUUUCUCUUGAAUACCUCUUUUAUCUUUAUUGGACAAAGCUUGAUCUCUUUCAAACAUUGACUUAUUUCGGCGGCCUGGCACUUGUUGCCUUCUUUACAGGUCAGCGUGCUUUAUCCUCAGUUCAAAACAAGAGACUUCAUCAAUAAACGUUUUAUUUAUCUGUCGUUCUUUACAUUGACAGGGCGAUCACUGUAAAUAAUCGCUGUGAAUUCGGCAGCUAUAUCUUUAUCAUGAGUAGCCAAUACGAUGAUGUAGCCUAUCAUAGAAUGAAUGCGCUAUCGCUUUACGUGUUUAUGCUUACCUGUUUUGUUUUGACUUAAUACAACAUCACCAGUGGCUACACCUUGAAUAACAUUGGUAUAGGGGCCUGAAGUAGCUAGUUCUUCACCAAAUAAUUCAGUGGGGUGCUUUUCAAAAAGAGUGACAUUCAUAGAAGGUACAGAAUCAGAACUACUCUUUGCCUGUAACCGUAUCCUAAUUACAUAAUAGCGUAAAUAAGCGCCAUUCAUUUGUCUUGGGUACAUUACUUGACUGUUGUUAAUUCUCUAA